CUCACACUGUUAAGAGAGCCAAUGCGCGAGCGAGAGAGCAGUAGGCAUGGGAGAGAGAGAGCAUUCCAUCGCACGACCCAGAGGAACGAGAACCACCCUGUAACCCGGACGUCAUACCGCAGCAGCGGUAGUUUCGAGGACAUCAAAGCACGGCUCGAAGAGACCACAAUCUUGGACGAUGAACGGAAAGAGAGGAAUGUUCAUGCUGAUGCUCCUGUCGGUGUCGAUGGAAGGAGGGAAAUCCGUGAGGCAAUUGAAAUUCACGAAGGAGGGACGUGCCAGCUGGUGCCAGGCGACACCACGCUCAUGGACGUCCAAGCCGGAGGGGGAUUGGAGCUCUACCAACCAGAAUCCAUAGCUAAUGGUGCAGCCAACACGUGCAUUGGGCUGAGGAACGGGAAGGCGUGCGUCUUCCCCAUCACGUACCUGGGGCAGACCUUCAACGGGUGCACUUUAUUCGACGACGUCAAUUUCUGGUGCUCUCCGGUAGCCGACUACAUUGCAGGGACAUUCAUGUACGAGCAUUGUCCCUUCUCCUGUCCCAUCAACAACCCCUGCUGCUAA